AUGAGAGUGAGGACUACCAAGGCAACGUGGACGCUGUGGUCCAACAGCUGGCCAACGAGUUGCAGCAGCAGAUCCAGAAACUGGCCCGGGACAAACAGAAACUGGCCCGGGACAAACAGAAACUGGCCAGGGACAAACAGAAACUGGCCCGGGACAAACAGAAACUGGCCCGGGAUAAAUAGAAACUGGCCCGGGACAAACAGAAACUGGCCCGGGACAAACAGAAACUGGCCCGGGACAAACAGAAACUGGCCCGGGACAAACAGAAACUGGCCACUGGCCCGGGACAAACAGAAACUGGCCCGGGACAAACAGAAACUGGCCCGGGACAAACAGAAACUGGCCCGGGACAAACAGAAACUGGCCCGGGACAAACAGAAACUGGCCAGGGACAAACAGAAACUGAAGCAGGAGCUGGCCCGCUGCCAGAACGAAGUGGACCAGACACGCAACAAGUACCAGGAUGAGAUCCAGAAGAAGUCGGAUCUGGAGAAUGACUUUGUGAUCAACAAGAAGGAUGUGGAUGAGGGCCACCUGGCAGCCGUGGAUCUGGCUCUGGAACUGGAGGACCUGAUGGGAGAACUGGACUUCCUGAGUCGGGGCUAUGAGGAGGUAGGCUGA